AUGGAGUCUAUUGAUGAGGAGGACUGGGCUAAAGGUUUGAAGGACUUGGACCUACAGAAUGAUAUGCUUCCAAUAGAAAAGGCUUUAGGAGUUCAAUGGAAUCCAGAAACAGAUAGCCUCGGUUUAAAAUUGCUUGAGAAAAGCAAACCAGCUACAAGAAGGGGAAUCUUGUCUUUGACUAGUUCACUGUAUGACCCUCUUGGACUUCUGUCUCCAAUUAUUCUGAAGGCAAAGAUAAUUUUGCAGGACCUCUGUCGUCUCAAGUUAGGAUGGGAUGAAGAGAUACCCGAGCAGAAGCUGUUUGAGUGGCAAAGUUGGCUUGGAGAUCUUGGAAAAAUCAGCAACUUUGAAGUGGACCGUUGCAUCAAACCAAAGGACUUUGGUGAGAUAAAAUCGGCACAGCUGUGUCAUUUUAGUGAUGCUUCUGGAGUUGGCUAUGGUGUUGUGAGUUUCUUGAGAAUAAUCAACGCUUCUGGUAGGAUUCAUUGUGUGCUAAUUUUCAGCAAAUCUAGAGUAGCACCACUUAAAGAAGUGACGAUCCCUAGAAUGGAAUUAAAAGCUGCAACUGUAGCUGUCCGUGUGGAUACAAUGCUGAAAAGAGAGCUUGGUAUUCCUCUUGAAAUGUCUCAUUUCUGGACAGACAGCACAUCUGUUCUGAAAUAUAUCAGGAAUAAGAACACUCGAUUCAAGACUUUUGUUGCUAACCGUAUCCAAGUCAUACAUGAUGGUUCAUUGCCGUGUCAACGGCAUUAUAUUGACACGAAAUCUAACUCUGCGGAUGUUACCUCAAGAGGACAGUCAGCAGAGGAGUUCAUGAAAAAUGAAACCUGGUUGAGAGGACCAGAAUUCUUGUGCACACCGGAGGAGGAUUGGCCUACGUACCCUGAUGUGCCAGAUAGCAUACCCUUGGAUAAGGCUGAUCCAGAAGUAAAGUCUAUGAGGACAGAUAUCAAGGUAGAUUGUGACACCAGCAAUAAAGGAAUCAGAGAUGGUGUAGCUACUGUGGAGAAGCUGAUAAACUAUCAUUCAUCCUGGCACAAACUCAAGGUGUCAGUUGGUUGGAUUCUGAAAGUACGAGAGGAGUUGAGGCGACGCGUAAGGAUCAAGAAAGGACUGGUUGAAAAGGUUGAAUCUGAGAAACAGGCAGAAUGUCUAACAGCGAAUGAUCUUUCGAGUGCUGAAUCAGCCAUUCUGAGUUUUGUUCAAUAUCAGUGUUAUCAGGAGGAAAUAAACUGUCUUGUUAAAGAACCUGAGUAUCGAGUCAAGAAGAUGAGUAAACUGUCUCGACUUGACCCUGUCUGUGAGGACAAUUUACUGAGAGUUGAAGGUCGUCUCAGUAGGGCUGUGAUGCCUGAGGAAAGCAAGCAUCCGGUUAUUUUGCCUAAAAAUAACCAUGUUACUAUGUUGAUCAUCAGACAAAUUCAUGAGGACUUAUUGCACUCUGGUAGGAAUCAUGUUUUGUCACAACUUAGGAGGAAGUUUUGGGUGAUCAAUGCUAACUCUACAGUCAGGAAUGUCAUCGGAAAGUGCAUUGUUUGUCGACGACAAAAUGCUAAAUUUGGUGAACAGUUCAUGUCAGAUUUACCCGAGGAUCGUCUUAUCCCAGAUGAGCCGCCAUUUACCAGGUGUGGUGUUGAUUAUUUUGGACCAAUCGAGGUGAAACGUGGUCGAGUGAUAGUCAAACGCUAUGGAGUACUUUUUACCUGUUUAGCCAUAAGAGCCGUGCACAUUGAGGUAGCUGAUACACUAGACACAGACUCUUGUAUAAACGCAAUACGAAGAUUUAUAGCCAGGCGCGGACAAGUAGUUAGGAUGAGAAGUGACAAUGGCACCAAUCUUGUAGCUUCAGAAAGGGAGUUAAGAGAAGCCAUUAUGGGAUUAGAUCAUGACAGGAUUCACAGAACAUUGUUGCGACAAAAUAUUGACUGGGUUUUCUCACCACCCACAGGAAGUCAUCAUGGUGGAGUGUAUGAAAGGAAAAUCAAAAGCGUGAAGAAAGUCAUGAAAUCUGUAUUGAAGGAACAGACACUAAAUGAGCAAGGAUUACGUACUCUGCUCUGUGAGAUUGAGGCAGUUUUAAAUGGUUGUCCUAUAACUAAGGCAUCAGAUGACCCUUUGGAUUUGGAAGCACUGACACCUAACCAUUUGUUGCUACUUAAGUGCAAACCAAACUUGCCUCCAGGUUUAUUCGACAAGGAUGACAUUUAUGCUAAACGUAGGUGGCGCCAGGUUCAAUACCUCGCCUAUUUGUUUUGGCAUUGGUGGGUAAAAGAGUACCUACUACAGUUGCAGGAAAGGCAAAAAUGGCUGUUUCCUAGGCGAAACUUGCAAACUGAUGAUAUAGUCAUUAUUGCUGAUGAAGCCUCACCAAGGAACUCAUGGCCAUUGGCCAAAGUUUUGGAAACGUUCCCAGAUCGCAGAGGAUUUGUGAGAAAGGUCAGAGUGAGGACCAGAACGGGAAGUGUUCUGGAAAGACCAGUCCCGAAGUUGUGCUUGUUGCUAGAAAAGGACACUUACGACUAA